CAAAUACCUUUUUAUGUCUCAUAAUACUACUAAAGAAUACCUCCCUGUUGUUUUCACUGAUCUUUAAAUCUCCACCAAAUCCUAACUUGAUGAUUUUUACAUUCAAGAGAAGUAAUUUUAUACUCUAUUCAAGACUACCCAUUAUCAAAUAAUCGCAUCAUUCAUUAUCCCAACCUAAAAUAAUCAAAGUCACUUCUCCAUCCAAAACCCAAUAAGAAAUACUUAAUUACUAAAGAAACAUCAAAAAAAUUGUAUUUCCUAACAUACUUUAAAGAACUAAAGAAGACAUCAAGAAAUAUAGAUAACAUUAACUCUCCUUAAUAAGCGAUGAAAUUUCUAAUUCAUAACCUAUUAUCGAUUUAGAGCACAAGAAAGUAACUAAAAAUAAUAGCAAAUCUCCACUUAAAUUCUAUUCAUAAUAACAAAGUUAUAUUAGUAAUUAACCAAUUAGAACUGAUCUUUCCUCAUUAAUUUUCGAUAAUAAUACAGAAUCGUUUUCAAAUGAUUCUAUUUUAAAGUUUCGUAAACUUAGGUACAUUUCUUGAUAAUUUAGUCCAAACUUCAAUGAAGCAUCUUGGUAAAAAGUCGAUAAAGUUAACAGAAUGAAUAUUGCUCAUGAAGUUCAAAAAGAAAUUCAUCAUUUAGAAAGAUUUAACAGUUAUUGGAAGCCAGAUAUGAUUAAUUAGUUUCUAUAAUUGAAAAUUGUAGAAUAAGGUGUUAAUUUUAAAAGAGGAACUAAGAGAAUAUUUAUACUAAUGUACCUUCCUCAUCAAACCCUUGUUUUAAAAAGUUCAUAAGUUGAAGUAAAAAAUAGGUAUAUUACAAAUUAAAAAUCUAUUAGUCCCAUAUCAUAAUAACUAAAUGCUUUAGUUUAUUUUAUUCCAAUUUACGAAAAAAUUAAUAAUACCACUGAACUCACAGAAAACUACAAUGUUUGGACAAAGCACUUUUUAGAUUUAUUACACUAUAAACAGCAUUCCAAUACUGUAAAGUUUUAUUUUUUAGAUGGAAAGGAACUUCAAACAUUAAACUAGAUACUAUCAUAUGAAAAAUUUAUUUAUUGCAACUUAUAUGUAAAUUAAUUUAUAAAAGAUUUUAGGGAGAAUUUGAUAUUUGGAAUAGAGUAGGAUAAACUUUAAAUUUAGGAGGGUAAUUUUAGCUUGAUAAAUAUGUAAAAUUAGCUACAAAAAUGGUUGAUUUAAGAUCUAAAGAUGAUAUUUUGAAAUUCUUUAAUAAAAGAGAUAAUUUUCUACCUUUUUAUUCUAUGGGUUAUGAUUAAGUUGAAGAAGUUGUAAAAUCACCUAUUAACAAAAAUAUUGAAACAAUUUAAUAAGAUGGAGAUGAUGAAUAAUUAAAUGAUGAAGUUAUUGAUUAAUCAAUUUUUCAGAUGAAUAAGAAUUAACAAAAAACAUAUUUAAAAACGAUAUAGUACUUUAUAUAAUAAAAUAAAACAAAAUACUCUUAACACUUAGCUAAUUAAGAAGCUGGAAUGAGACAAAGAAAAGAGAAUAUUAAGGUAAUGAGAAGAAAAUCAAUAGAAAUUAAAUUAAAAGGGGUAUUUUAUUCUUUAUAACAUUAAUAUAGUAAAAGUAAAUGCUGGAUCUGAAUGAAGAGGCUUAAAUUGAAAGAAAACUAUUGCAUGAAAGCACUUAAUCAAUAGAUGAAAUAAAAGAAGAUGCUGAAGAUAAAGUUGAUGUGUUCAAGAAUGCAAUUUAUAAAAAGUUGCCAAAAAAAAUAGAAUUAAAUAAUGAUCCAUUUUCAAGCUUCUCUUCAAAAGAUAAUAAAAAAUUUAAAGAAAUUAUGAAAUUGAUUAAUAUUGAAUAAAUAGUUUUAGAAAAAAAAGUCAACAGAUAGGAUGUUAUGCAUUAUCUUUCUUUAUUUAAGGCACUUAUGGAUUCAGAUAAUCUGAAUUACUUUACAACACAUUAAUUAGAAUAUCCAUCUUUAUAUAUAUCAAGAGAAUAAUUAAAAAAAAGCUUGCCCUAUAUAGUUCUAUAUAAAAAUCAGUUGAAUACGGGAAAAUUAAAUGAAAUUUACGAGAGACAACACAACUAUGUUGAAUUCUUAGAAUUCUUAGAUAUAUUUACUACUGAAUAUAUUGUUUCAGAUAAGGAAUUAGAAAGAUUAAAAAAUUAGAAAUAGGAUUCAUAUUGA